AUGAGCACACCAUCAAUGAACGCGGUCCGUUUCUACGGCCAACGCGACAUCCGCCUCGACCAAAUCCCCGUCCCGGCCGUGAAAGCAGGCCAAGUCAAGAUCGCCCCGAAAUUCUGCGGCAUCUGUGGCUCCGACCUGCACGAGUACCUGGGCGGAGCGAACCUCAUCCCCACAAAGGACAACCCUCAUCCCAUAACAGGUGAGACGCUACCACUGACGCUGGGCCACGAAUUUAGCGGGAUCGUCGAGGAAGUUGGCGACGGCGUCGACCACGUCAAGCCGGGCGACCGAGUGUGCGUACAACCGACCAUUUACGACGGGAGCUGCCGCGCCUGUCGGCGCGGGCUGGUCAACUGCUGCGACAAAAACGGGUUCGUCGGUCUGAGCGGCUGGGGUGGCGGAUUGAGCGAACACAUGGUCGUGCCUGCCAGCUGUGUCAAGCCAUUGCCGGAUAACAUCUCGCUCGAGGUCGGGGCGUUGAUCGAACCAUUGGCGGUAGGCUGGCACGCCGUCGACAUCUCGCCGUUCAAGAAGGGCGACGCCGUGCUUGUGCUGGGAGGCGGGCCGAUCGGGUUGGCUGUCGUCCAGGCCCUCGCCGGUCGGGCUUGUGACAAUAUCAUCGUUAGCGAGGUUAGUAGUCGGCGGAGGGAGUUUGCGAAACAGUUCGGCGCGCAUCAUGUCAUCGAUCCCGUCAAGUCGGAUUUCGUGGCCGAGGUCGAGAAGUGGACGAACGGGGAAGGCGCGGAUGUUGGCUUCGAUGCGGCGGGCGUGCAGCCGGCUGUCGAUACCGCAUUGAAGGCGAUCAAGGCUCGCGGGACGUUGGUCAAUAUCGCCGUUUGGGAGAAGCGGGCCACGUUGAAUAUGAAUGAUGUCGUGUUCAGGGAAAGAGGAUAUAUGGGAGUAGCCACUUAUGCCCUCGGCGACUUCGAGGCUGUCAUCAAAGCAAUUUCAAGCGGAGCGAUGUCGCCCGAAGGUAUGAUCACCAAAAAGAUCAAACUCGACCAGGUCGCCGAAGAAGGGUUCAAGACUUUGAUCGAUGACAAAGAGAACCAUGUGAAAAUCUUGGUCGACGUCGGCGCGGGCAUUUAG